AUCUGGUAACACUAAAUCAGCGCGUCGUUUUCAAAGUCUCUUUCAUUCUUCGCCGGCUCGUGAGUUUAAGUUUUAAGUUUUAAAAAGCUGGAAUAAUGGCUGAUGAUCAGGGACGUGGGCGCAGGCGUCCACUUGAUGAGGAAGAACCCUCAACUUCCCGAGGCAAUAGAGAUGGACCGCAAAGCAAAAUAUUCAAAGGGGCUUCAUCGGAUGUUUCGAGAACAGAUCCUCGUGUCGAGCGCGGCGACAUUCCGCAUGAUCGAGAGAGAGAAGUUCCUGAUCCAGCUCCCAGGCGAGAGGAGCGUGGCCCUCCAGAGCGUAAACCGCGGGGCGAUUUCUUUGAGAUCGUGAAUUCCCGUCCAGCUGACUUGGUAUCUAAAAAAGGAACUGACGGAAAACCAGUAAUGCUGGAAACAAACUUCUUUCGACUAAAUACUAAGCCGGAGUGGCGAAUCGUACAUUACCACGUGGAGUUCGAGCCAAGCAUUGAGAACCCUCGCGUUCGGAUGGGUGUACUGUCGAAUCAUGCUAACAUCCUGGGAUCGGGCUACCUCUUUGACGGUCUGCAACUGUUCACCACCCGAAAAUUCGAUCAGCAAUUAACCGUGCUUGCUGGAAAGUCCAAACUUGAUAUUGAUUACAAAAUAUCAAUCAAGUUUGUUGGAUUUAUAUCUACUGCAGAGCCUCGCUUUUUGCAAGUGUUAAAUCUAAUAUUGCGCCGCUCGAUGAAAGGUCUUAAGCUGGAGUUAGUGGGUCGCAAUCUCUUUGAUCCGCGAGCUAAGGUCGAGAUUAGAGAGUUCAGAAUGGAACUGUGGCCGGGCUAUGAAACAUCGAUCCGGCAACACGAAAAGGAUAUCUUAUUGUCCACCGAGAUAACUCACAAAGUCAUGCGCACUGAAACGGUUUAUGAUAUUUUGCGACGUUGCUCGCAAAAUCCUGCUAGACACCAGGAUGAGUUCCGCGUGAAUGUUUUGGAUUUGAUUGUCUUAACCGAUUAUAAUAACAAAACUUAUCGUAUCAAUGAUGUUGACUUUGGGCAAACUCCGAAGUCAACAUUCAGUUGCAAGGGCAGGGACAUCAGUUUUGUGGAGUACUAUCUCACUAAAUAUAACAUACGCAUACGGGAUCAUAAUCAGCCGCUGUUAAUAUCGAAAAAUAGAGACUCGGCUCAAAAAACCAACGCCAGUGAAUUAGUGGUCCUUAUUCCUGAGCUUUGCCGAGUGACUGGUCUUACUGACGAUAUGCGAUCAAACUUUCAACUAAUGCGAGCCAUGCAUGGUCACACGCGAAUGAAUCCCAAGCAACGCAUAGAUCGACUGCGAAAUUUCAACCACCGCUUGCAAAGCACUCCAGAAAGUGUGAAAGUACUAAAAGACUGGAACAUGGAUCUCGACAAGAAUCUCACGGUAGUAAGAGGCCGCAUUAUCGAACCGCAGAAGAUAGUGUUCCAACAGGGAAAGGUUCCGGCUGGGGAAAACGCCGAUUGGACAAGAUCUUUCAGAGACCAAAAGAUGCUUACCACUCCAUCCGAAGGCAUCGAUCGCUGGGCAGUCAUUGCUCCAGAGAAAAAUUCUCGUGAACUAAGAAAUUUGCUUGAGCAUUUGUUCAGAGCAGCUAGUGGAAUGGGUCUCAGAAUUAGAAACCCUCAGGAAGUCAAAAUUUAUGACGAUCGCACCGCCACAUAUGUGCGAGCUUUGGAUGAUUGUGCCCGGAUGGAUCUCAAACUGAUCUUAUGCCUGGUCCCCAAUAUCAACGUGGAAAGAUACUCGGCGAUUAAAAAGAGAGGAUAUGUUGAUAGAGCUGUGCCAACUCAAGUUGUGACCACUAAAACAGCUUCCAAUCGUAGCCUUAUGAGCAUCGCUACAAAAAUAGCAAUCCAAUUGAAUUGCAAGUUGGGGUAUACUCCCUGGAUGAUCGAGCUACCUUUGUCUGGGUUAAUGACGAUCGGAUUUGACAUUGCGAAGAGCACACGUGAUCGCAAGAGGGCCUACGGAGCGUUGGUCGCUUCCAUGGAUCUUCAACAGAAUUCUACGUACUUCAGCACCGUCUCGGAGUGCAGUGCCUUCGAUGUGCUGUCCAACACCCUUUGGCCAAUGAUAGGGAAGGCCCUGCGUCAGUAUCAUCGAGAGCAUAAGAAGCUGCCCGCCCGUAUAGUAUUUUAUCGGGACGGUGUCAGCUCAGGUUCUCUAAAGCAGCUAUUUGAGUAUGAGGUGAAGGACAUCAUAGAAAAACUGGAAGCGGAAUAUAAGCGAGCCAAUUCUGCUCCACCGCAGUUAGCUUACAUUGUGGUUACCAAAUCGAUGAACGCGCGUUUCUUUCUCAAUGGACAAAACCCACCGCCUGGAACUGUCGUCGACGACGUUAUUACUCUCCCCGAACGCUACGAUUUCUAUCUGGUUUCGCAACAAGUUCGCCAGGGAACAGUGUCGCCGACGAGCUACAACGUCCUUUACAGUAACAUGGGUAUCAGCCCCGAAAAAAUGCAAAAGCUCACCUAUAAGAUGUGCCAUUUGUACUACAAUUGGUCGGGCACCACACGUGUGCCUGCCGUUUGCCAGUAUGCCAAAAAACUUGCUACCCUUGUCGGUACAAACUUACACUCCAUUCCGCAAAAUGCGCUUGAAAAGAAGUUUUAUUAUCUUUAAAUCUGUAUUUAUUAAGAAAAACUUUACGCCGUAAGAGGCAGUAAAAAAACUAGCCCAGGCCUUUUCGUUUUACAAAUAUUUUCCUUUUUGUUUAAACACUUCUGCAUUAAGAUGAAUAUGUAACCAUAAUCCGGUUAAAAUUCCUUCUGAAAAAAAUCCUAUUUAAAACACUUAAGAUUUAAAAUUAAUUUGACAUCUACAAUUUCCGGUAUUUAAUCAUUACCAAUGGAAAUCUUGUCAAAGUUACUAAUAAACAAUAAAAAGAAAAUUCAAGAACACGAAA